AUGACGCUCUACUACACCCUCGUUUUCGUCCUCCUUGUCCUGGAGAUGACGCUCUUCAUGCUCUUGAUUGUUCCUCUCCCCUUUGGCGUCAAGCGCAAGAUCUUUACCUUCAUUUCAGAGAACCCAGUCGUGGCAAAAAUACAGUACUGGAUGAAGAUCACCUUUGUAUUCAUCCUCAUUCUGUUCAUUGACAGCGUGAAUCGCGUCUACCGUGUCCAGAUUGAACUCAUGGCUGCCUCGGAGCAGACCCAUAAGGGAUCUGCCGCCGGCGUCAUGGGCCAUGAGCGUCUCGAAGUGCAGGCACGAAAGUUCUACUCUCAGCGCAACAUGUAUCUCUGCGGCUUCACCCUGUUCCUGUCGCUCAUCCUCAACCGCACCUACGUCAUGAUCAUCGAGGUCAUGCGCCUCGAGGACCGCCUCAAGUCCUACGAGGGUACCAACAAGGACACCAAGCAGAGUGAGAAGCUCGCUGUGGCUGGCAAGCCCGGUGAACUGGCCGGCUUGAAGGAGAAGCUCGAGAAGAAGGAGCAGGACCUGCAGAAUCUGAAGAAGCAGAGCGAGCAGCUGCACAAGAGUUACGACGAGCUCAGCGAUAAGUAUGCUGCGUUGCAGAAGGACCACGAGAGCACCAAGACCAGCGACGCACGGGCGCCCGGCAUGAUGGACCAGCGCGAACUCGACGCCAACGUCAAGGCGCUCACGAAAUCUAUGGCAGCCAACGAACCUCCGGAGAACGCGCUGCGUCUGCUGGAAACUCUGAAGAGGGAUGCGUCACCUACAGAAGAUAUGCUGAGGGCUACACGCGCGGGUGUGUGGGUGGGCAAGCUUCGUUCGUGCAAGAACAAGGAGAUUGCAGCCGCCGCCGCCGAACUCGUCGGCAAGUGGAAGAAGCUCGUCGAGCAAGAAAAGAAGAACAAGGGUGCAUCCAAGAUGGCUUCGCCGGCACCAGCAUCAUCUCCUGCGAUCUCGACGACGUCGGCGCCGAGCGCAGCGGCCUCGAGCAACGCCAAAAAGUACGAAGGCGACCCCGAGAAGCGAAAAUUCGAUGUGGACGGCGUGGAUCUGAAUCGAACUGCGUCAAAGGGCCGCAAUCAAUGCAUCGGACUGCUCUACAACGGACUUGCGUAUCGGUCGUUCGAGACACCCGCCGACGUUCUGGCCAAGGCCGUAGCUGUGGAGCACGCAGCGUAUAUCGAGUUCAAGGGCGAGACGCCCGACUACAAGAAGAAGGUCAAAUCAUUGUUUGCAAACCUCAAAAACAAGUCGAACCCGGAGCUUGGCGUCAGCGUGCUUCAUGGCAAGGUCUCGCCCGAGAAAUUCGUCAAGAUGUCCGAAGAGGAGCUCAAGAGCGAGGACCGCCGCCGCGAGGACGACGAGUUUGAAAAGGAGAACAUGAAGAAGGCGCAGGUGCCAAUGGCCAAGAAGUCCAUCAGCGACAGCUUGGAGUGCGGGCGUUGUAAGAAGAAGAUGGUCAGCUACUCGCAAGCGCAGACGCGCAGUGCGGAUGAGCCGAUGACAACGUUCUGCGAGUGUAUGAACUGCGGCAAGCGGUGGAAGUUCUCCUGA